AUGGGAAGGUUGCUGAGUGCCCCAGCUGGGAAAGUGCCCGAGCUGCAGCCCCCCAAAAUCAGUGGCUCCUGCAAUGGAAACAUCAUGAGGACAGAAGCCAGCAUUGUGAUGUCACAGCCUGGCUGUGGUUUUGUACUCCUGGAGCUUGGGAAUGUAACCCGGCUUCUGAGGACUGUCGGGGGCAUCAGAAGAGACAGCUGCAGCCCUGAUUGUGGCGGUUACCACCCAUCUUCCUGCCUAGCCUACGUGGCUGGUGUCAUGGACACAGACCAGGGGGCUGGCUUGAGCAAUACUGGAGACAAGGACGGGGACCUCCAGGUGCUGUUACGACUCUGUCAGCUCCAGGCCAAGCAGAGGAAGCUGCAGAGAGAGGUGGAGAAGCACAAGCUUUUUGAAGACUACCGUUUAUGGUCCUUGAGAAAAUCCCCAAGGGCUCUGCCUAUCAGCCGUUUCACCUCACUGGACCGUCUCAAUCCAGAGUCCGUGUCCUCAGGCUACAAUGAAGAGGAGGAGCCGGAGGAGGCCCUGGUGGAGCACUGCAGGCUGCUCUUCACACUCAGCCGGGACAUCCAGGAGCAUCUGGAGGCCUUCUCCAGGAUGAACCAGGCUGUUCACCAGAGCCUGGAGUCUCUAGAGGAGGGCCACCGGGCUCUUAUUCCAAGCCUCCAGACCCGGCUGUGUCAGCUGCCGAAGAGGUGUCACCACAAGCAGGAGCAGCAGUGGCAGUUGGAACAUGGUGUCACCUGCCAGGAAGACAUGGGCAGCUAUAAUGUGAGUCCAGUCAGCUGGCUAGGGGACCAGCAACUCAGCUACGUGCAAGUAGCCAUCGACAGCAUGGCCCAGCAGUGCUGCUGCUCCGCCCAUGGCGUUCCCGAGAGCAUGGGCUUCUUCUCCAAGCUCGACCUGAUCCAGGACUUUAUGGUGGACAAAAUGGAGACUGUGAGAUCUGUCUCACUGCUCAUGGAACCCAGAGUGUGCUGGUCAGGGGACAGCCGUGAAGACCAGGGACUCAGAAGAUACUCCAGACCCUUCAGGAAAUGUCCAAGGAGCCCAGAUUCGAUCCCUAGGACCCCCUUUCCCAGCACCCAGACCUCAGAGUGCUCCAGCCUGUGCUGA